GUUCUCGCCCCGCCCCGCCCCCGCCCCCGCCCCCGCCCUAGAUAUCGCGAGAGGGCGGGUCCGCUUGGCUUUGGCGUCGGCGUCUUUCCAGCGCUGGGGCGCUAGGCCGGUGUCUCUCCGCGAGCCGCGGGUAAAGUGCCGCCGGCAAGGGCGCGCGACGGGCUGCCACCCGCGCGGCGCUGGCUCUGUCGUCGGGGGUGGUUGACGCCGGUGGCAACGACGCCGGUGGCCGUUUCCGAGACAGCAGGUGCGGUCGCUUUAGCCCCAAGCGGGCUCCGCGGCUGCCUAGCGGGUGUCUGCGAGCGCCCGACCCUUCUCUUCGUGGACCCCACGCCAAGCAGCGACCCUGAGCCGACAGCCGGAGCGCCCGGCAAUGGCGGCCUCGACGGCCUCGCACCGGCCGAUCAAGGGGAUCCUGAAGAACAAGACCUCUGCGACUUCCUCUGUGGUGGCGUCGGCCGAACAGCCCCGCGGGAGUGUAGACGAGGAGCUGAGUAAAAAGUCCCAGAAGUGGGAUGAAAUGAACAUCCUGGCAACAUAUCAUCCAGCAGACAAGGACUAUGGUUUAAUGAAAAUAGAUGAACCAAGCACUCCUUACCAUAGUAUGAUAGGUGAAGAUGAAGAUGUACAUAGUGAUUCAGAAACCACUGAAGCCAUGACUCCAGAUAUCUUAGCUAAGAAAUUAGCUGCUGCUGAAGGCUCGGAGCUAAAGUAUCGGGUUCGGGAACAAGAAAGCAGUGGAGAGGAAGAUAGUGACCUCUCACCUGAAGAACAAGAAAAAAGGCGACAAUUUGAAAUGAAAAGGAAGCUUCACUACAAUGAAGGACUGAAUAUUAAAUUAGCUAGACAAUUAAUUUCAAAAGACCUACAUGAUGAUGAGGAAGAUGAAGAAAUGUUGGAGACUACAGAAGGAGAAAGCAUGAAUACAGAACAAUCAAAUCAAGGUUAG